CCUUGUCAUAUUUUUUGGAGGAGAGAGGAGUGGGAGAGACCCCUCCCCAAAAAGCACCCUCCACCUUACCCUCUUCUCAUCCCUUUUCCUUCCAUCUCUCAAAAACAAGUAAUAUUAAGCCAAAGGGGUUGGUUGUAGCAGACCCUUUGCCGCGGUUGCCUCUCCGUCCGUCCCUCCCUCCCUCGGUGCCAACUCCGUCCCCUUUUGCUGCCUCCCCUUCCCCCCUCCCUCCCUGGAAGGGGCGUGGCCUGUGCGGCAGUGGGCGUGUCCGCGAUGCCUCCCCGGCCGCUGAUUUGACGCCUGCCAGCCUCGGGGGCGGCGCCUCCCCUGGCGGGCCCGGCCCCCCGUGUUGCCCCCGAUGCUGAGCUCAGUGUGCGUCUCCUCCUUCCGCGGGCGCAAGUCUGGGAACAAGCCUCCGUCCAAGUCAUGUUUGAAAGGGGAGAUGGGCCGGAACGAGGACAACGACAAGAUCGUCAUCAACGUGGGCGGGAUCCGGCAUGAGACCUACCGCAGCACGCUCAAGACCCUGCCGGGGACGCGGCUCUCCUGGCUCACCGAGCCCGACGCCGCCAGCAACUUCGACUACGACGCCAAGGCCGACGAGUUCUUCUUCGACCGGCACCCGGCCGUCUUCGCCUACGUGCUCAACUACUACCGCACGGGGAAGCUGCACUGCCCGGCCGACGUCUGCGGGCCGCUCUUCGAGGAGGAGCUCGCCUUCUGGGGCAUCGACGAGACCGACGUGGAGGCCUGCUGCUGGAUGAACUACCGCCAGCACCGCGACGCCGAGGAGGCGCUCGACAGCUUCGAGACCCCCGAGAGCCAGGAGGAUGAGGACAGCGGGGACCUCAAGCGCCUCUGCCUCCAGGAGGACGGGCGCUCGCUGGGCUGGUGGGCCGGCAUGCAGCCCAAGGUCUGGGCGCUCUUCGAAGACCCCUACUCCUCCAAGAUGGCCCGGUAUGUGGCCUUUGCCUCCCUCUUCUUCAUCCUCAUCUCCAUCACUACCUUCUGCCUGGAGACCCACGAGGCUUUCAACCACAUCGUAAACAAAACAGAAAUCUUGCAAACGGGCAAUGUCACCAACACCAAGGUGGACCUCGAGGUGGAGACGGAACCGUUCCUCACCUACGUGGAAGGGAUGUGCGUAAUCUGGUUCACCUUUGAGUUCCUCAUGCGCGUCCUCUUUUGCCCAGACAAGAUGGAAUUCAUCAAGAGCACCCUCAACAUCAUCGACUUUGUGGCCAUCCUGCCCUUCUACCUAGAGGUUGGCCUCAGCGGCCUCUCAUCCAAAGCAGCCAAGGAUGUGUUGGGCUUCUUGAGGGUGGUCAGGUUUGUCCGGAUCCUAAGGAUCUUCAAGCUCACCAGGCAUUUUGUAGGGCUGAGAGUCCUUGGCCACACUUUGAGGGCCAGUACCAAUGAGUUCUUGCUCCUCAUCAUUUUCUUGGCCCUGGGGGUCUUGAUCUUUGCCACCAUGAUCUACUAUGCUGAGAGGAUUGGGGCUGAUCCAGACGACAUCACCGGCAGCAAGCAUACGGUCUUCAAGAACAUCCCCAUUGGGUUCUGGUGGGCAGUAGUGACUAUGACGACUUUGGGCUAUGGUGACAUGUAUCCCGAGACUUGGUCAGGCAUGUUGGUGGGAGCCUUGUGCGCCUUGGCUGGUGUGUUGACCAUUGCCAUGCCUGUGCCAGUCAUCGUCAACAACUUUGGCAUGUAUUAUUCCUUGGCUAUGGCCAAGCAGAAACUACCAAAGAAAAAGAACAAGCACAUCCCACGAGCCCCUCAGCCUGGGUCGCCCAAUUACUGCAAGCCGGACAUGCAGUCUCCGCAUCGUAGCAACCAGGGCGACUCGUGCCCCCUUGCUCAAGAGGAGAUCAUUGAGAUCAACAGGGCAGAUUCCAAGCAAAACGGCGAUGCUGCAAAUGCGGCAUUGGCUAAUGAGGACUGCCCGACCAUCGACCAGGCCUUGUCACCUGAGGAGAAGUCACCUGUCACGCCUGGUGGCCGGGAGCGCUACAACCGUGACCGAGCCUGUUUUCUCCUCUCUACGGGUGACUUUGGACAAUCGCCUGAUGGGAACAUCCGGAAAGAUCACCGGUUCAACCAUGUUGUGUUCCCUGUGUGCUCUCUCAGCUCCAUUAGUUCAUCGUCCUCAAUACAGGCGCCCGUCGCCUGCCGCAGCCAGCAUCAGACUCCUCUGCCACAUCGUGGUACCUGCAUGACUACAAUGCCAACGCGGCCCCCUGGAAGCAUGAGUAGGAUGCCUGGGAUGCAGGGAAAUGCGCUCCCCUCAGGCUAUGAGAAGUCCCACAGCCUGAACAGCAUUGCUGGACUGCGCCCGUCUCCAGUGCCCACUCCCUUCGGCUCGCCUGGUUCCGUCCGACGCCCUCGCUCGCCCAUCCCUUCCAUCCUGUAGAGACACGCCAGGGAUGCUUGGGGUUAGCUUGUAUGUUUGUUUCUUUUUUUAAAAAAAAAAAGCCUCCUAGAAGAAAAAGAAAAAAAUAAGGUAAUGCCAAAAAAUAUUUAAAAAGCAAAGGGAACAAGAAAAACAAACAAAAAAAUUGCAGCCGAAUGCACUUGAGACGACGGAAUGCAGCAGGCAUCUCAUAGGUGGUGUUGCACUAAAGUUUGCACUUUCAGGAGUGUCCAUGAGAAUCUUGAAGCCUUCUGUCCCCGUGGCUCUGAGCGUGGAGUCUGCAGUGUGGCUUAACAGCGGAAAGAAGCAGGGAAGGGGAGAGUAAGUUGGGAAGACUGGCUUGCUCAGAAAAUCCAAAUACUUCAAAAAGCAAGAGGGGGAGGUCAAUGAGAGAAAGACACUUUGGGAAAGGUCCCCAAGGCCCUCCUUGGCUAGGCUGCCUGCCUUUCCCCUCCUUUUUGGCCCCACCAGACUGCGCAGUAUUUCUCUAACCCCGGCUUUCUGCUUUUAUCUCUUUCCAUUUUACGCUCCUUCUUGUCUCAUCAUCUUACUCAGGACUGUAACGAGCCAUAGAGCUUAGUGAUCCUUUCUUUCCCCCCAUCACGUGUCUCUCUCCUUGUCUAUACACUAUGAUCUGCGUUUGGUUGAUUCAUCUCUCUUGCCCAUCUCUGAUCAGUUUGCCUGCCAAUCUUCCUCCGUAAGAAUAUCCAUCCUCUACUUACCCUGUAGCCAUCCCUCCAGCCUCAUUAUCUCUCUCUCUCUCUCUCUCUCUUACUCUCCUGAUUUGCAUAAAGAGUGAUUCUGGUUCUUUGAACACAUGGACACUCCACGUUCUCUCUCUCUCUGGGGAAAGCCACCCUAUCCACCUGCCUUGGACCUUCUCUCUCUCCUUGGAAUUGUUCUUCUGUUUUGUGCAUGGAUCUUCCAUCAAUCACAAGCAAUAAGGUCAAGCGCUCCCUUCUGCCUGGAUGCAUGAUAAUGACUUUCCUACAAUGUAGAUAUUCUAAGAACAAUCCAGUUCCUACAGAGGAAAGAGCGGAGGGUAGGCAUAAGAGACCAGUGUGUGUAGGGUUGAGGAAGGGAGAGCAGGAAUCCCAGCAUUCGAUGGAGCCUGAAGGAGAAAGCUUAGAGACACAGCCUCCUUCCUCCUCCUCCUCCUCCUCGUGACCUUUCUUUUGUUUUGUUCCUUUUUGUUCUUUUUCUGCUCGUGACAGAAAAAAACGACAAUGGAGCAUCCGUCUUUGAGCUGGGUGCUUUCACUGUGAUUUUUUUUCCUCCUGUUUCCAUCCAAAGUUGGGAUGGCUUGGCUUUUGAUCUGGUUGCAAAAAUAAGUACAUACAUACGUACAUAAAUAAUAGGAAAAAAAAGAGGGGGUAGAAACAAAGAGACUCGACUAUAUAUCAUCAACAAACGAAAUGCAGGAAAUAAAUAAAUAAAUCUAUUUUUCAGCAGAAAAUAAUAAUAAUAAUAAUAUACAUAACAAUAACAGGAACAGGACAUUUGUCGGCGAUCACGUGGGGGAACGAUAUCUCCGCUAAGCUUCUCCUGGAACAGCAGAAUACGGGACAUACUAUCGAGCAGCUGAGCAUGGGACACGUUAUAAUUUUUUUUUCCUCAAAGCGAUGCUGCCGAAACGAAACAAAAGUGCAAGGAAUAGUGCUGCCGAGCUAAACUAUUUAGAAUCUGCAUUUUUCAAGCCAGCAUGUAUUUGCAUGUGAUACUGUAAGCGACAAUAUUUAAUGCUAUAUGCAAAAAAAAACAAAAGGGAAAAAAGACAAAAAAAAUCUACAAGGAAAACAAGAGGUAUAUUUUCCUUCAGAACUUGCAAUCCCCUGUAACAACAACAACAACAACAAAUCACCCAGUUUAGCCAGUGCCCCCUCCCCUGACCUAUUCCCAUCCCAAAAGGGGGUAAGAAGCACCGCACAUGAUAGGAGCUUGAUGUAUCCUAAAGGGCUUUUUUCCUUCCCUGGGUGUCGGGUGAUGGAUGGCUAUAAAUUUUUGGCAGGGAGAAUUCUCUGCCCUAAGGCAGAAUCCACCAGCCUCUUGUUUGGAAUAAAAUGCUUAUAAAAUUUGAAAUAAUGCAAGGGGAGGAAAAUAGAGUGCAUACCGCUGACUUAUUUAGUAAUCUCCAGGAAAAAAGAACAGUGAAAGAGACAUAUCUAACAACACAAUGUAGCUGAGGUUGCAGUAUUCAGAGAGUUGUGACAAUGGAGUAGAAAAAGCUGGAAAUAGUAAAUCAGAGGUACUGUAUCGCUAUCCCUGUACACAAAGGCAUUAUCUCUGGCUGAAAUCUUUCAGCCUCGGAAUUUUCUUUCAUCAGAGAGGCGUAAAACACAAAAUAGCAUCUUGCCUUUGUAGGUUUUCUCUUCUCUGGAGACUUCCAGUCCUCAAUACUUUAGCUUCCAAUAACAAAAAGAGAGGUGUUUUCUUAGCACUUGCAAAGGGGGAAAUGAAUGUGCCAUUUAGACCGAUAUUUUUAAAAGACAGGUACAAGUUUGCACAUUUGCACUGAUCCAAGAUUUCACGAAAAGAAAACACGUUUAUUAGGAAUCUUGGAAACAAGAGUAAAUACCUGGAAUCAUACUGGUCCUUACAGUUUUAGGAGGGAAUUCCUUAAAUCUCUAUAGUUUAUGGAUUCAGAUCUGAGAUUUGACUGAGCUAAUGCUAAAUGUCCUUUGGCAGCAAAAAUAUCUUAUGUGUCAUGUUGGGAAAUGAAGCAAGCAAGCAUUGCGUCUUGAGCUACCCUGCUAAUCUGGUAGGAAGUCCUUUAAAAUAGUUCUUUAGCGCCAUAUUUCACAAGCAACUGAAGCAAUAGUUAGCCUGUAGUGAAAUGCUGGUCCUAUUACUUACUGGCUUUGUGUGUAUGCAGGGAAAGCAUUCCUAUCCUUGGGGGGCUGACACGCAAUAGCCAGUUUAGUGCAGAAGCAAGUUAUAAAAGGUGGUAAUUGGUUAACACUGGUUGAACGAUUCUUAAGCAAUUUCAGUCCCUGUAAAUGUUUAUAUUGUAGAUUCUGUGAACAUAGCUGACACAUCACAUCUUCAUCAGCAUCUGAUUGACUUCUUAAUAUCAUGGAGCACAGAGCUGGUUAUGUCCAUUGGAAGACCAACCUUUAAGACCUUACUAUUAAACUCACCAGCAUCGGUAACUGUAUGUCAUUUUCAUAGCACCAUGAUUGGCGCUUGAGUAGGUCAUUAUGUUGGGCUCCUUAGAAGGGGGGUGUGUGUGUGUGUGUGUGUGUGUGUGUGUGUGUGUGUGUGUGUGUAUCUUCCUUCGGAGGAGCCCUACAUAAUGACCUACUCAAGAGCCAACUAUGGUGUCAUAGAAAUGACAUACAGUUGACAUAUAUAUGACAUAUAUAUGACUCGCUUAUUUUUCAAAGUGUCUGGCCUUGCUUUUGCUAGAUCUACAUCAGCACCCAUGAAGGCCAUAUUAGCUUUCUACUACUAUAAUAGCAACUUUUGUAUAAAAUGAGGGCCAUUCAACAAAUUGAUAAUGAAAGGAGGGAAGGGUUAUGGAGGAAAGAGUGUCAGAGUCAAAGACUGCAUUUAGAUUAUCGUGUUAGCUGUCUCAUGUAAGUCUUUCCUUCUCUCUAUACUAUAAAAGUCUCCAUAUAAAUACAGCUUUUUGUUUUGUCAGCAUCACAAAUCUGUGGUUGCUUUGUUUUGAACAAGCAAGGAUCUUAAACCAGCAUCACAUUGUGGUUUCAAUUUAUGGCUUGUUCCAGACCUUGUAAUCAUAGCUUCCGCAGUUGGAUGAAAUGGGAAGCAAUGAUUAAUUGAAGACUUCUAGGAUUUUUGCACUGUGCCCAGAAGGGAACACGAAGUGUAAAAGAAUGUUUAGAUGACAAUGUUGUGCAAAUGUCCCCUCCUUAUACUGGGAUAACAGUAAAGGUUUCCUAAAAAUAGUUAGGUUAGACUUUAAUUUUUUCCCCAGAGGCAACAAUUUUCACAGGCUGAGUUCACUGAAGAAAUUAUACCAUAAAAACUGAACUCUAGUGCAUUAACAGGCAGCCUUCUGGAACUGAUUUUGUCAUCAAAUAUUAUUUAAGCAUCACAUUUAAUUACAGUUGUAUUGCCCGUUCUCUGAACUUUGAGAGUUUCUUAUACACACACUAUAUGCCUACUCAAAGUCAAAUGGCAGACAAGAAUACCAACUGAAAUACUUGAAGACCCCACUUGGCUCUCUGUAGAGCAAUGGUUCUCAACCUAUGGGUCCCCAGGUGUUUUGACCUACAACUCCCAGAGAUCCCAGCCAGUUUACCAGCUGUUAGGAUUUCUGUGAGUUGAAGGCCAAAACAUCUGGGGACCCACAGGUUGAGAACCACUGCAGAGCACUCACCAAUGUUUCUAGGAUUAAAGAAAUCGUUGUUGAUUUUAUUACAUUCAUUAUAUGCUAGCCUCGAGUGGCUGAGUUCAUUAUGGAUAAUCUUUUUAUAUUACAUAUAAAAUAAUGGGUCUCUUGUCCAAGAAAGGAGGACAUACUGUUGAAACUACAUAAAAGUAUUUCAGAUCAGGAUGACAGCCUCAUUUUAUAGCCCCAGGAUUUAAAUAAAUGAAAUAUUCUAGUAUUGCUAAACAUGCUACUUCAUCUUCAGCUGUAUAUGAUUGGCUUCACAAUCUGACAUGGGACUUGAAAUUGUUCCAAUUAGACAUUAUUAUUUUUAAAUUUCAUAGGAGGCUUGUUGCCACAAUACUAGCAAAACAGUAGUAUAUAAAAGUUGGUUUUUGUUGGGGUUGUAAACACAUUUUAUCAUUUCAGGCAGCUUUUCUGAUAUGCUUUUAAAGAUGUAAAAGUCUCCUUGGCAGAAAAAGCUAACAAGAGAAAGGUUCUAGGGAAUCCCUUUCCUUGACAAACUAGUUUUCACUGUGCAAAGAUUUUAAAGAGUUGUUCUUAAAAGAUGGCUUUCAAUUGCUGUCUGGAAUGGUAACACCAUGGUAUAAAUGAGAUGUCAGAACAUUUGUAGGGUUGGGUUGCUGUGAGUUUUCCAGGCUUUAUGACCAUGUUCCAGAAGCAUUCUCUCCUGACGUUUCACCCACAUCUAUGGCAGGCAAGUGGGGUUUAUAUAUCUGUGGAAAGUCCAGGAUGGGAGAAAGAACUCUUGUCUGUUUGAAGCAAGUGUGAAUGUUGCAGAUGGACACCUUGAUUUGCAUUGAAUGGCCUUGCAACUUCAAAGCCUGGCUACUUUGUAGGGUUCACUAAGGUUGGGAUUCAAAGAACCAUGGAUCCCAAGGGCAUUUAAUAUCUAAAAAUCCUACAAUCCUGGAUCACAGUGAUAAUUACUUUAAAGAUAGGAUACUUAUGACUUGCAUCUCUUAAAGAGACGGCUAUGAAAUUCCAUCCAGAGAUGGGAAAUUUUGUUUUUGUACCACAGCGUCCAUAAUCCUUCCAUCAUCCUGGUCAGUGGCUGUGCUGGCUUGUGGGAUCUUCUAGCUCAAGAUCUGUUACAUCAGUGCUUCCUUCUAUAUAGAUUUUUUUGCUUCUAGGUUGUCUUUAGUUUUUACUCAUCAAGGCAGUCUAGGUUUUGGAUUUAGAUAUUUUGGAUCCUGGGUUUUAAGUGCAUACUUUUAAAAGAAAAUAGCUUCUUGUGUAGACCAGUGGUUCUCAACCUGUGGAUCCCUAGAUGUUUUGGCCUACAACUCCAAGAAAUCCCAGCCAAUUUACCAGCUGUUAGGAUUUCUGGGAGUUGAAGGACAAACAUCUGGGGACCACUGGUGUAGAUGGAGGUGCAAACAUUGGCCUGUGAGGCUGUUGCCAUUUCAUUCCAAAACACACCCAUCCACUCAAAUCCCUCACUGAGCAUUUUGCUAAGAGUUUUUCUGCACACUUAACAAAAAAACCCACAUUAAUACCCUGCUACUCCUAGUGGAAACUCAUCCGCCUCACAUACUAUGCAAGUGUUUCACCAUUUCAGUGGAGGCAUAUAUGUAUUUCCCAUUCCUCCUCCGUGAAUGCCAACCUCAGCUCCACCACUCUCCUCCCCAAGACGAUGGAAGCUUUUUAUGCAACAAUUCCUAUGCAAAAUAAUAAUAAUAAUAAUGAAACAAAACAAAAUUAAACAAAUGGCUGGCUGGAUUCAGAAGGGUGAUCGGGAUGCCUUUCCCCAGUGACACUGGGGGUGAGGUUGAUUCAUGCAAGCUCCUAUAUAAACAGAACAAACCAUUGCGGUGCAUUCUCCUCCUACCCACUUCUGGGCUGGGAAAAUGGGGGCAGUUGUUAAGUCGGUCAUAUUGACUGAGAUUUCUCCUUGAAGGACACACAGAGUCCCAUGUUAAAUUAAUUGAAUGUCCAGGUGUGUAGCUGAGAUGUAGGGGGUGUGGAGGCAUUCAUGUGAAGGUGUGCCGUUUCUGAGGCCACGGGUUUUUUUGGGAAGCUACUGGAGGAAAAGGCCAACCGAUUUCAGGCUGGGCUCAUUCACAUAAACACGGAUUGGGCUUUGUCCUGAUCCAAGUGUGUGCCCUGUCAAUAUGCCCGUUUGCCCGUUUGUUUUGUCUUGAUACUCCAGAACAAAAAUGCCAAGAGACAAGACACUCUGCUUGCUAAACCACAGAUAUUUCCGCAGCAAAUGGCCUCCUCUACGCAUCAUGAUGACCAUAACAAAUUUCCUAUGAAUGGCUCCGCACACCCACUUUAAAGGUUAUAUGCAGGAAGGGCAUGGGACCAGGUAAUCUUGGGACUUCUGCUGUGUUGCCAUUCUGCACUUUAAAUCCUGCCCCCAUCCCCACCCAUUUGUCAGGGUUUAAUGGGCAAUUUCCCUUUCUCAGCAUUGUCUGCGUCUGCUGUGAUCGCUUUCCUUUGUACAGCUUUGUUUGGUUGGUUUGUUAGAGCCGAUCAACGUAUCAAUGUGGUGCGAUUGUGUGGUACCACUCCUGGGGACUAUACUACUUCCGAAUGCAGGGUUUUGUUUUCUUUCUUGUGGUUGCGAGAGGAAGUUUGCACAGGCUUGUAAAUAGCCACUCACUCACCUGGGAUAGAUAAAAGUAUCCCAUGGAGAGCAGGCAGGGAAAUUUUGUAAAUUGGAUUAGAAUAGAUUCUUGGAUUAUUUUUUUUUCCAGGCUGUAGAUAGCUUCCAUUAGUAAUAUGCAUGAGCAUGACCGCGAGUUACAUUCCUUGCGGGUUAACUAUUUUUGUGGACAUAGUUUGCAUACACGAAUGCACUGCAGUAUCAAAAAGCAUAUCCCUGGAGAAAACUAGCAUAUCAGGUAGGUUAGCGUAUAACUCUUGACAUGGUAGCUUUCCAUAGAUUGGUGGGAUCUUUUCGAACGCCAAGUGUGUUUGGUCCGACAAUCUGAAAUGUUAUGGAUAGGAUGGCCUGCAUUCAGAAACGGUACAGUCCCAGGGGAGGUAUACCACAUGCUUUUUGCGACUAUGUAAUCUGGCUCUGAAUACAGAGAUUGAGUAGGUACAUCUCUUUCCAACUGUAUCACGACUCUGCUUCGAAAUAUUGUCACUUGACUUCUAUGUCCUUUGUUCGCUCUUCUUUAGGGAUAUUUUCUUCCCUGUCUAGAUGAAGAAAUCUAAUUUUUCCAUGAAAAAUGAUGAUAGCAACUUGAGUGUUGCUUUGCCUUCACGUGCUAUUAUUAGAAAUCUUUCUUUCUUUUUUGAAAUUUGUGGAGAAAUGGUUUGAACUUUACAUGACAACAAAUUAAUGUUUAUCUUUGAAGACUGCUUGGGUUUCUUUUACGACUAACCUGUUUGGUUGCUCAAUCAGUGUUGUGCAAUAUGGGUUGGCUUGCCAAAGAAAGACAGAAAAAGAAAGAAAAUACUUUAUUUAUUUCAAUUUCAGUUGCCAAAAAUGAAACUAAGAAUGUGUUUUUAAGAAAUUAUUCUAGGACAUGGGGAAAAUUAAUAAAAUGACCCUUUAAAAAAACUGGAAAUUUGGGGAAUUGCUAAAUAUAGUUGAUAGCUCCCAUAAAGAUCUAAUUUUCCUUUAAAAAUUAAUUAUCAAUAACAUCUUUCAGAUUUUUGACAUAUCUGACUCUUUCAAGUAAUUCAGAUUCAGUCUUUCUGAAUCUGAAACACAUUUCCUGGAAUUUUCAGGAAUUAAAUACUUGAUUAACAAUAAUCAGUUUUAGGGCUGGAUGGCCCUUGUGGUCUCUUCCAGCUCUGUGAUUCUGUGAUUCGAUGACUAGCAGCCUGUUCAUUUUCCCAUUUUCAGCCUGUGAGGGACCAAUAAUGUUGUUUCCAUUGCCAAUAUUUGUGAUGGAGGGUUGAAUAUUGGAAAAUAUGAACAUAAACAUGAAGGGUUGAAUAUUGGAAAAUUUGAAGAAUGUUUUCUGUUUCAUAUUGGUUUGGAUCCAAGCUUGAUAUAGACCAGUGGUUCUCAACCUGUGGGUCUCUGUGUGUUUUAGCCUACAACUACCAGAAAUCCCAGCCAGUUUACCAGCUGUUAGGAUUUUUGGGAGUUGAAGGCCAAAAUAUCUGGGGACCCAUAGUUUGAGAACCACUGGUGUAGACAUUAUUUACGAGGAAUUCCCUUGGAGUUCAGGAGGAGCAUUGAUAGAAAUCAACCUAGAGUUGACUUAUAUCAAUAUGGGGUAGUAUCGCAAUCCCUAGCUCACAAUGUCCAGCUCAACAAAGAUUGUGGGGGUAAUGGUGUCUUGAAAGAGCAAUGAGUGCUUCAGUUGUGUAUCCCGGUAUUUAACUGGGUGUUUGUGUGUCUGUGUGUGCAAAUGUGUAGUAGUUGACAGCUGAAUAUUAUUUGUGUGUGGUUACUCACAAGGCUUUGUAAGGGCUCGCCAAUGUAUAUAGUCUCAUAAAUCACUUUCAGGACCAGGAAACACAGCUCCCCAGCAUCUUCUUUUCCUUUCUCAUCUGAGCACAAAUAUAUGUACUCAAGCAAGCAGGAAAGGCACAAUUGCAAGGCUAAUGCAGCAAGACUUAAAUGUGUGCACACAGAGUGUUCAAAGCACUCUGGAAAGAAAGCCAGCCUCUGCUUUACAUGUAUAACUGAUUUAAAACCACUUAUGUGGAAAAUGCAAUUUUAAGGCAAUGGUGGGCAAUAUACACAUAUUCAGGGGCUGUUUUUCACCAGUCAAUAGCAAAGCCAAUUUAGUAGUUUGACUGUAGUACUAGGAUGCCGUGAAGCCAGGGUUUGAAUCCACACCUGACAAUCAAAAAAAUAUAGAGUGACCCUAAUAAGUCAUGCUCUCCCAGCGUGACUUAUCCUAAUAAAUUCUGUUGAGAAAACUCUUGUAAUACGUGUUGUUGAAGGCUUUCAUGGCCGGGAUCACAGGGUUGUUGUAUGUCUUUUGGGCUGUGUGGCCAUGUUCCAGAAGUACUUCUGGUACAUGGCCACACAGCCUGAAAGACAUACAACAACUCUUGUGAUACCAUCACUUUAGAGUUGGCCCAAAUCAUAAAUGACUUGAAAGCAGACAAUGAGAACAAUCUGCAGGGUGAAAAAUACAGACCCAGGCAUGGCGUUGUCGAUGAGGAGCAAGUUUUGUGGCUAAAUCACAACCACAGCACGGUCAGGCUCAAACACUACACAUUUGGGGACAAAAGGAAAAAAUAAGGAUUGUGAAAAUAUGGCAAUGAACUAAUACACCAAGCCAAAUGUGCUGCUUGAGACUUCAUUCAAAAACUGUAGUCAGUCCUUGUGUGGUUAAAGCAUAAAGCCGGCUGUGAAAUUGUAAUGAGUAUUGCAAUGACUAUUGUAAUGACUCUUUUAAAUCUCUAUAUUGGAUCCUAUCUAAGUCUUGAAGAAACAAAGUAGGUUUUUUUUAGUGAGAGUCUAGACCAGGCAUGGGCAAACUUCGGCCUUCCGGGUGUUUUGGACUUCAACUCUCACAAUUCCUAACAGCCUACCGGCUGUUAGGAAUUGUGGGAGUUGAAGUCCAAAACACCCAGAGGGCCGAAGUUUGCCCAUGCCUGGUCUAGACUACAUUUAUAUACUGCCUCACAGUAAAAUGGAUACACCAAUCCUUCUCUCUCCAACAAGCAGACUAGACAAAACUUUCCAUUUUUAACCUGGUGGGAAAUAUUGCCCUAAUAGUAAACUCAACCAGAAUUGCAAGCUGUUCUGAUGAAAGGGCGUUUGAUGUUUGUGAAAUCCUUUUGGUCUCAUCACACAAAGAAGCCUUGCAUUUUGGGUGCCUACGUUUGUGACUGGUGAGUGCAUCUGCUACAAGACAGUCUUUCCCACCUUUGCUAAGCUGGAUACCUGUUUCUAGGUGCAUCCCCGAUUUGUGCGGUGGGAGGGGGGACAUUUUCAGGAACAAACCUCAUUCAUCCUGGAGGGAUGGGGGACCAGGUGCCCCAUCUUCUUGCAGGUGUUUGGGGUCAUCUUAGGCCUUGGAAGGGGAGGUAGGAAACAGGACAGCAAGUGCCCAAUAGAAACUCCAGCACUCAAAAACUUUCAGCAGUGUUUCUCCCGGAUAUUGUAUGAAAUUAGAAGCAAGAGUGACGAAAAGAAGAAAGACGGGUGAUUUUUAGACUCAGGAAAGCUUGGGUGUGGGGGCGGGAUGGACGCGCGAUUUUGCCCCAUGGUUGGUGCGAGCGUGAGAUAUACUAUGGGGAGGGAAAGACUCCUUAAGUUUGCCAAAAGGUGAUAAUGGGGGUGGGCUCAGGGAUGGUGGGGGAGGGACACAGAGCUAUUUUUUCAAGCAAAUGUAUUAUAAUUAUAAUAAUAAAGUUUAGAAAGUGAUGCUAUUUUUUCAUAAAUCCCUCUUUUUUCCCCUCUAGUUGCCACAGCAACAUUUUUAAAAGUCCUGUAAUGGAGGCAUAAGGAUUUCCCACGGGGCCGGUCAAAGAACACCAUCGAAAAUGCAGGGGAUGAAGGGGGAAAAAUAUGUAAGAGAAAUAUUUCUUUAUGGUUUUCAGAGUAUUUUUCUCCCUAUUGCCCAGUUGCUCAAAGGAAAAUAAUAUUUUAUAAUUAUUUUUAAUCUGCCAGAAAGAAAAUAUGGAAAUACAAUUUACACACCAUGGAAAUGUGCAAUUUGAUUUUGAAAAAAAAAUAUUUAUCUACAUUCAAACCCUAAACAGAAGCUUUAAUACAGAAUGCUAUAUUUUGAUGCCUUGAAACUUGAAAUUAUUUUUUACUUCCUCUCAAUGUAGGUGACCAAAAUUAUCACGAUCUUUCAAAAAAGAGUAUUCAAUUUUCAGGACUUUCAGAGUUUUAAAUAAGUUCCUUUGAUCAUUCCAAAACGAAAUUACGUGGGGGAAAUUCAUACAGUUCAAGAGGGAAUAGUAAAUGUGGGAGAAGAUGAACCUUUCCCUCCCACACCUUCAAAUGCCAGGGUCUUUAAUUCUGCCUGAAACCCCGUGAUAUUUCCUUCCUUCACAUGCCAUUGAUGUGCCAAAAUGUUUUGAAUUCCCAAAUGUUGAACUGCUCAAUGUUGGGGGGAUUGGGAGAGGGGGCUGGAGGGUCCGUGGGGACAACAUUGAAGUUUGUAUUAUUGUAUUGGCUCCCUUGUUCCCUCCUCUCUCAUUUCAUUAUGGCUUUGUUCUCCCUUUGCACCACCACAACCUGUUCUUUCUACAUUCUGGAAGAGUUGCCAUGCCAGUCUUUUGCAGCCAAAAGCCAAUAAAGAGUCUUGUCAUGGCACCUUAAAAACUACAUCAUAAGCACCAGACACAUCCAUAUCAGAUUUAUUUAUAGCAUUUCAUUAUCAUGAUGUUCCAAAUGAAGUUAUCUACAGGACGCUUCUAUGAAGGAUACGUUUCCUGGUGAAAGGGAAUAUGGCCACUGUUAGUUGUUAUCCAAAAAAAGUAACUUUUAGUGCAAGCAUGGGCAAACUUUGGCCCUCCAGGUGUUUUGGACUUCAACUCCCACAAUUCCUAACAGCCGGUAGGCUGUUAGGAAUUGUGGGAGUUGAAGUCCAAAACACCUGGAGGGCUAAAGUUUGCCAAUACCUGUCUUAUAAACUGGAAACACAUCUUGCUUUUUGGAUUUCAGAUUUCAGAAUCUUUCGUUGGCCAUGUUUCAGCGGUAGUUCCAAAAUGUAACCCAAGUUUUGGCUAAGACCUUAUACAUUGGUUGUGGUUGAAGCGUUCCAAUAUUGUAGGUUCUUCUCUGUCCCAAACUAGUCUUUAAGGUGCCACUAGAACAAGCUUCAUUGUUGCCUUUCACAGCCUCCAUACCCGAUACAGUUCUGCUCAUCCUUUCACUUCCUCUUGACAGGAAAUUAUUUCUAAGGAUCUAAACCUUGCUCAUACUCAUUCCAUUCACACCCAAAACAUUCUGGGCCCUCAGGAGGUAAGCAAAAUAUUUUUCUUUUUCCGCCUCCCCUCACUCGUACCCUAUUUUGAGUUUCAAAGGUCUAGCUUUUUGGAAUAGGGAGAAGAAUUGGAGAUAAAUACAAUAUCAUUAAUCACCAUAGUCAAGCUAUGGGCAGUGACACCUGUGAAAGAAACCAUCAUCUGCACAGGAUAGAGUUUGUGGAAGUUCCUUUCCUAGGUCAGGCUGGCUAGGUGUUGCUGAAAGUAGUCAUCCAAAACAGUAUUUUUUUCCAACUCAGAUUCCAAAUUGAGGGUUUUUGAGUGGAGGGAUGAUGUGCAUGGUUGAAUCAUUAUUCUGCAUGCCAUUCCUCCCCUAGAGCCAGCAAUAGAACUUCUUUCAAAAUUUCAUUGACUUUGGGGAGAGGAAGGGAUGAUACUUAGAUGGGACUAGAUUCUCUACAGCCCUCCCCCCCCCAAACUGUAGAUUGACAGGUUUGUCUUCUGUGCAUGGAUUCCACUAGAGCACAUGGGAAAACCUUCAGCAAAGUUGGGUAUAUUCGCACACGUGCAAGAUUCUGCAUAUGCAUAUACACUUUUAUGCACUAGGGUGGCACGUCCAUACAUAACAAAGGGGUACAGUUGCACAUUUGCUUGGUCCAUCUUCCUCACGCUUCUAGGGAACCAUGAGGGAGAAAAUCCUAUAUUUUUCAAAAAAAAAAGCUACACCAACAAUUUGUAAGUAGCUAACAGACAUGCAUGGUGUAAUAUGCUUCUGACAACCAUAUUGCCCCAAUGACGAAAUGGGUUAAACCCAUGUACCGGGAGGACUACUGACUUGAAGGUUGGGUUGCUGACCUGAAGGUUGCCAGUUCGAAUCCAAUCAUGGGAGAGCAUGGAUGAGCUCCCUCUGUCAACUCCAGCUCCCAAUUAGGGGACAUGAGAGAAGCUUCCCAGAAGGAUGGUAAAACAUCAAACAGCCGGGUGUCCCCUGAGAAAUGUCCUUGCAAAUGCCCAGUUCUCUCACACCAGAAGCGACUUGUUUCUCGUCGCUCCUGACAUGAAAAAACAAACAUAUUUUCACAUACACAUCAUAUAUGCUUCUCAGAAAUACAUGUACACCUUUAAGAAACAUAGAUCAGGUAUACAUAAUUCCAAUCAAGAAAAGAACAUAUCUCAGUUCUAUAAAAGCCAAACAAGAAGAAUUUAGCAUUUUCAGGCCCCUGGGCUGGGCAACUUUGUGAACUUUCCAAGCAGUUUCUAUACCAGGAACUCGCAUCAUGUUUCAUUCUUGGCUGUUCUGACUAAGGCUUAUGGGAGUUGCAGUGUAAUAACAGCAGGAAGGUCACAUAUUUCUUCAUCCCUGCGCUAUAGCUGUCGCUUUCACAGACCUUGGAUCAGCAAAAAUUGGCAGGUGAUUACUUCUCCAUGCAGAGAGAAAUCUUUUCUGCUAUUUUGCUGCAGGACUAGUCGUGCCUGCUAUUGAAGGAACAGCCACAGACUGAAAAGCCGAGGAUCCUGUUUGCUAACUGGUGUCUUUAAAGACCUCUGAUUUCUGAGACUCCUUAAGGAGAAAGGUUUUUUUUUUUCCUUUAAAAAAAAACAAGGUUAUAUUUGCAGUGUAAAUAUAUCCUCAGGGAAUGUCUACUUGACCUACAUAAACAGGUUCCUCUAUCCUGGUUCCUGACAGUGUAGUUCAGGGAGGGGAAAGAGAGUCGACAGGCCCUCCUCAUAGAACAUCCUGAGCACCCUUCUCAAAAUAACAGUUAUCAGAAGUCCUUUCACGGCUAUUAAUUUGGCUUAUUGCUGGCUUAGUUUUACAGUAUAGAUGCAUCCCUGAGGAUUUUACUUGAAAAGAGAGAGAGCAUGCUUUCAUGUCUGGGUAGCAGAUACAUUGCUUCACUCUCAAUGUUCUCACACUGGGCAACACACAGAAGUGUGAAGCCUGUGCAUUUGCGCACAAAACCAACACAUCUAUGCAACACAUGUGCUGAUCACUCUCAUAAUUGCUUACAUAAUUCUAAACUCUUGAGAUGUAUCCACACUAUAAACCAGUUCAGCUAUCGUGGCAGCCUUCAAAGAAUUUUAGGAGCUAUAGUUUGCUGAGAUUUUGUUGUUACAACCCUUUGGCACAACUACAAUUGUCAAAGAUUUCCUAGGGAAAGCAAUGCCUAUUAAAACAGUCCUGUAGUGCCCAUCUUUAGCACAUAAGAAGGUAUACGUAUGCAUAAUAUACAUCCACAAUCAGAAAAUUUAGGAACAUAGGGAUCUGCCUUAUUUCUGAAUCAAACCAUUAGUCCUUGUUCAGUGCUGACUAGCAUUUUCUUAAACUAGGUUUUCUUCUCAUCCCUACCUGGAUAUGCCUUGACUUGAACCUGGAAUAUUCUUUGUGCAAAUCAUGUACACUGCCCUUGUGCUAUGAUCCUUGUCAUAGCAGCUGGACCUCACAACAUGCAAACAGUGUGACAGCAUGUACCGUAUGCUCACCAUCCCAUCAGUCCUCAAUUUUUCAACUAUAGUUUGUAGUUCACAUUGUCUCUGACUGCUUGACUGUGGGGACAGCAAGGCAGCCAUUUCUGGACUGCACUUCAAGGAGGUGCUGUUUUCUCUUUCACACUUAACCUUCCAUCACACACAUACAUCUCCUAGUGGGACCAGGUCAAUUUCAUACAAAAAAGCAAUAAAUCAGCUUCCAUUGCUGACCUGUCCCAGUAAGUGAGACAAUUUCAGGACUCAGUAAUGGUGCAGGACAGCUUGGGGCAUCAUCCGCAUCAUCCUCUCCCACAAAAAGCCAGCCAGUCUUUCCAAACCCCUUUCCUUUGUGCCAUCUGUGCCCUUCUUCCCUCUUUCCACUGGGGCUUAUUACAGACAGCUAUCCCUCCAGCCCUCUAGCCAUUCAUUCCAAGUAAGUCACCAGUUGUCUUGUCACUCCUAUACUUCCAUUCAUUUAGCCAACCAAUCACUCAAGAGUCCAUGUCCCAUAUACUCUGCAAUUUACCACUUCAGUUUCCCACACACUGUUCCUUUGUCUGUCCAAGUCAAUCCACUUCAAACUGAAUUAGUACCUAUUUUAUUAACACCGAUAUGUGUGUGUGUAGGAGGGCCAGACCACUAAAGUCUGGGUAACCCUUUAUAUUUUAACAGUGCCAUGCCCUAUAGUUCCUUAAUCCAUCAGUUCCAUCAGUUCCACCAACCUUCUGUGAAACCACACAUAUCACAUUCUCCAAAGCUAAUUUACAUUCCCAGUGUAUAACCAUCAAUUAAUCAAUAGCCUCAUUCAUCUGUGGUUCCAUCAUCCAACUAAUAGUCCAUGUAUGAUAUUCCCAGCAUAGCAGAACUAUGGACAUGUUCUCUUUUUACUCCUGUCCUUCAUUUUUCUGGUCCUUCUCCAUGAACCCUCUACAUACACACCCCACACAAGGUGCUUUGUCUGACCUGUUAUGUGGUUUGCCCAGGUAAAGGAAGAAUUAGACCUGUUGAACUAGAAGAAGAAACUGGGCCUGACUGGUUUUGGGGACUCACUCCCAUCCAAUUCCAUUCUUCCUUGCAUCUUUUUAUUACCAUUCAAUUCUGGUGCUACAAUGGACUCCUGGAUGAGGGUUUGGGCCUGUGUUCCCAUAAAAACACCUUGCUCCCCCAUUUCUUUGCAUCUCUCUUUCAUGCUGAUAGAAAGGGGGUGUAUUACAUUUCAGCCCUUUUACACUGAGGUUUAUUUCUUAUCUCAUUUUACCGUUCAUUCAUCCUGUUCCCCUGCCAGCACUCCAUCCUUUUCUCCCCUUCCCUCCAACAUCCCCUGGUCUUUGGUCUCUGGGACAUUAUAUUGUCUGCAUGAGCUGACAUGCCGAGGUUACAGCAUGUAAUAAAAUUAUUUCCUUUUCAUUUGAAACUUUCAAAAAAAAACCAAUCAACAAUAACAACAAUUGUAUCUAGACUAUUAUUCACAGGUUGAUGGAGGGUUGGAGGGAUGGGCACGCAAGAGGGAGGCUUGGUGUUACACGUGGAAAGGUGUUGGGGUGUUCAUAGACCACAAACUAAACAUGAGUCAACAAUGUAUUGUCAAAGGCUUUCAUGGCUGGAAUCACUGGGUUGAUGUGAGUUUUUCGGGCUGUAUGGCCAUGUUCCAGAAGCAUUAUCUCCUGAUGUUUCGCCCAUAGGAUGCCUGCCAUAGAUGUGAGAGAAAAUGCUUCUGGAACAUGGCCAUACAGCCCAGAAACCCCACAGCCAUACAGCCCGGAAACCCGAAUGAGUCAAGAAUGUUUCAGCAACCAAAAAUACCAAUGCAAUUCUAGUCUGCAUGGACAAGAAUGUAGAGGCUAGAUCGAGGGAAGUAGUACACAACCUCUGUUCUGAUUUGGUCAAACCUAUGAGCAGCAAGUUGGAAUAUGUCUAGGGUAACCAAACCCAGCCCUAUGAGGAAUUACUUAGGAAGGUGUUAAAGAGAAGAUUGGGAAGUGACAUGAACACUAUCUCUAAAUAUCUGAAGACAGCUAGCUUCAGAGUCUAGAACAAGAACCAACGAAUUAUAAUACUGUUAAGAACCGUUCAACAGUGAAAUGAAGUGCCUUAGAUGCUGGUGGACUCUUUAUCUGGAGAUCUUUAAACAGAGGUUGAAUAGACGUCAUUCAAGAAUGCUCUAGUUAUAUAUUCCUUGCAUUUCAAGGAGUUGGACUAGAUGUCCCUUGUGAUACCUUCCAACCCCAAAGGCUAUGAUUCUGUAAUAAUAGGGUGAAAUUCGGUCUUAUCUCAAGAAGCAAAUUUGGAAAUGUUGGCAGCAGACUGUGUGCUCUUCUAUAUUCUGAUACCAUUGCAUCUUUUUUGUGAUUCCUUUGUUGGCCAGAGGAGACAAUAUGGCACCAACCCAUGCAAACAGUAUGCUAGGAUUGUGACCCAUUUUGGAGAUUUUACCCUACUCCAGUGGUUCUCAACCUGUGGGUCCCCAGAUGUUUUGGCCUUCAACUCUCAGAAAUCCUAACAGCUGGUAAACUGGGAUUUCUGGGAGUUGUAGGCCAAAACACCUGGGAAACCACUGCUCUACUCAGAAGAGUGGGGUGAGCAAAGGAAGUGGUGUCCACAAUUAGUAACAAUCAGUGUUUCUGGUCUGCGACCUAGAAGAAAUGAGAAGACCCAGGAACUAGUUUCUUUCAUUUGCAGUGACACUCAAACUCCCAGAAGAAAAAAGAGGCUUAUAUCUGAGUACAUAUUCAGUAAGCCAUAAUUAAGAAGAAAAGGUGCUCAAAUUGUACCCAAAUUGUGGGCAUAUUAUAAUGCCAUAUCUAAACCAUCCUUUUGCUUUUCUCAUAAUUGGUUUAAUCUGUUAUGAUUAUGCAAAAGAAUUUCAUGAGUAACAGAUUAUGUUGUUCAAUCUGGGUGUGUAUGUGUAAUUCCUCACUCAAGAGAUCUCUUGAGUGAGGAAUUACACAUACACACCCAGAUUACUAUAUUCAGUGAGAAUACUGGUGUGGUCCACGUAGGCUUUUAUUCACAUCAUGGGAUCUACAUGUAGUGGUAGGAAAACUAUAGCUCAGGCAAGGUCUUAAAUCUGAACUGUCAUCAAGCAAAGCAGAACUUGGAUUGACGAAGGCAGGCAUUUCCCCCAGGUCUUAAAUUAUUAGAAAACAGCAGAAUAAUCUGCUUUAUGGGAGAGGGUGAGAAAAACAGGAUAAAAGUUGUCCAAGCAGCAACCUGUCAAAUACAUCUGCUUCAUUUAAGAUCAUAUAUAGUUUAAUACUUAGCCUGCAUAUGUAAGUAGAAAAUGGGCUGCCAUCUUGCCUGUCUUUUAUCUACCUGCCUAAUUUUUAUCCAACUUGAACUGCUUGUCAAUACCUGAGUCAGAGCCAACCAACAGAGUGAUGCUUCUGAGAUCCUUUGACAAAUACAUGUAUAACUUGGGAAAGCUUCUUGUUUGGACUACAAUACCCAGAAUCCUGCAGUCUGCAUGUUUGGGGCUGUGGUUUAAAAUGAAAAGUCUGUUUUCCAAAUGGUACAUUCAAGAGCCUAUAUGCAACAAAUCUCAUCAGAGCAUUUGACUCUUCCACAUUAACUAAGACCUCUGUGAACUAAAAAAAGACUCUUGUCCUUGAAAUGUUUCUGCAUCUCAUUUGGCUUUUGUUGGUCCAAAUCACCCCUGCAGCUGCUUCAAAUGUCUAGCUGGAAGCCAGAUGAGAUUGUGUCUAUGAAGCACCUGAUGAUCUGAUUUGAAACUGAUUUAACUGAUCUAGUUCCUUUCAUCGCAUCCAAAACAGCUCCCUGGACACAUUAGUUUUGACUAACAACCAUUAAAGAAGCUGAAAAACUCUUUCACUGGUUCACUAGUGAUGCCAUCUUGGCUUUGCUAAGUACACCUCAAGGAAACGAUGAUAGAAUUUGGGAUUUUUGGCUCCCAGCUCCCAGGAUCCCACAGUCAGCAUGGAUAAUUGGAAAGCUGGCUGGGAUAUUCUGAAACUUGCGGUCAAAAAGUAACCUUAGGCAAAGGUCCAACAAAAAAAGGAUCAAUUACAGUGUUUGUGGGCAGUGAGAACAUGAGCUCCCUUUAUAGUUUAGAACAGUCAAUAUAUGGAAGCAGCGAUACAACCAAAGCUAGAAGCGGUUCUGAUGAACCCUCGGAGGAGGAAAAAAAUGCCAAUACCUAAAUGGUUCUUGUGCCCACCCUAAUUGGCGCCCUUGAAUGGGAUCCCUGUUUUACAGGAGGCCAAUCCAUCAUCGGUGCCCUUGUUUCCAAGCCAGCUGUGUUUAUCCCUUAAUGAAUCGACACCGCCAUUAAAUGGAUUCUACGUCCUUUCAAGGGGCCCCAAUGGGAUUGGGAUGCUUCUGUGGUUAGCAAAGACGCCUCUGGGACUCCCGGCCACUGACGGGAAAUGGCUCUGGCUGCCAGCAAAGGAGAACUGGCCCCUUGCCAAAAAAACAAAACCUUUUUUUUCUGUGCCAGGAACUCUUUCAGCUCAGCCUUGGACAAGGAUGCUGGCAGAGAAAAACACAAACAGAUUGCAGGAGAACGGCAGUGGCAGCGGGGAAAAAAGGGCUGUCAGAGUUGGUGCUUCCUAUGUAAGGAAAAGGCGAUGCUUCAAUCCGCCCCCAGGCUAGCCGUUUCUAGAUUCACAUAGGUGCUUAAGAACAUGUGUAAACAAGGCAAUUAAACCAGACUUCAGCCGCUGAACUAUCAUGGCUGCCAACCUAAAAACUUUGGUUCCGCAAAGAAGCUGGUAACGUUGCCAAGCGUGGAAUAUUUAAGCAGUCAACACCAUGCCUCGGGUUUGUAAUCUGGAACAUCAGAGAAUAAAUCAAGUUGAAUAAAUCAA